GAGCUGCGCAUCUGUACGAUCCGAGGAGAGAGAGAGAGCGAGAGAGGGAGGAAAGAGGAGAGACGAGCGGGUCAAGAUGAGGACCGCGGCAGCAGCGAGGCAGGAUUCGAGAUCCGGACGGGCGAAGGCAAACGGAAAACCGAGAAUCACCGAGGCAGGCCGAUGAAGGAGRGCUCCGGAGCCGCGCUGCGUCGCUCCAACAUGGAGGCGUAGCGACAGCAGCACACAGAGAGGAGAUCAACCCAUUGUAGCCCUGCAGCAUCAGCAUCAUCCCCACCAUCAUCCGUCCAACCUGAGCGGAGAGGAGGAGCAGGAGGAGGAGGAGGAGGAGGAGGAGGAGGAGGCGGCGGCAGUAGAGAUGGGCUCCCAGGUUGUGCAGACCCUGCGUCAGGGAGUCUGGGCAUCUCUGACCGGGGGAUGGUACCACGACCCGGACCAAAACAAAUUCAACAACUGCUGCCACCUCUAUCUGUGGAUCUUUCUCCUGAUGUUCCCCUUGUCUCUCCAUCUGGCCCUGCCACCUACUACCAUGGCUCUGAGCAUCUACUGCACUUCCAUCACYGUCUUCUUCAUCCUCAUCAAGAUGGCCAACUAUCGGCUGCACCUGAUGUUCGAUGAGGGCGAAGUGGUGGUCCGCAGUCUGUCCGACCUCAGCAAGACCCAGGAGAAGAAGAGCAACGCCUCGGACUCCUGCUUGCCAGCCGGCAUCAGAAAGAGCAGCACUGUACCUGACGGCGUUGCCAUAACAACGCUGGCUCGAAAGCGUCCCAGCCCAGUGAUCCAGGUGACGGUGAAACAGACUGAGACWGACCCAGGACUGAUAGGGGUGGACUGCUCCAAGUCAGAGGAGGUGAAAACGGCUGAAGGACAGAGGGAGGUUCCUGCGGAAGAAAAGCCCGCGGCAGGAAGUCCACAGCCGAAGCCUGAGCUUUCUCCAGAUGAUCUCUCCAGCCCCAACCCAGAGCAGGACGCCCCGCUGCUGCAGGCCCAGCAGAGGUCCCCGUCCCGAGCUGWCAAACAAGACUCCUGUCCCAAGUCUGAUGCUGAGUUGAGGAAAACGCACACGGACAGAACUGAAGCWGGAGCUGCGACAGAAGGAGCGGACGCUCAGAAGUCCACGAUGAGGAAAAACGAUCGAUCGGAGGAGGGGAGGGUACCGGAAAAAGACUCYGAGAUGAGAACAGAAGAGACGGAGGAGAACGAGGCAGAGGACGGGGAGACGGCUGACGAAGGGUUGCCACCUUCAAAAGGGAGCGGGGACGAGAGCGAGGAGGGAAGUGAGGGGGCUAGAGAGCACUUGGACAACUCACCGGAGACCCCAAACAACGAGCAGGACGAGUUCAUUGACAUCCCAGAGUCUCCAGAACAGCCUGAUCUGAUGGAGGAAGCAUACUGCUCUGAUGAGAUUGAGGUGGUUCUGGUUGAUACCUCCAGUCCGGGCCCYGCGUCCGCCCACCUGGACGACAGCGACACCAUCAAGAUCAUAAUCACCAUGAGCUGCGACCCUCAGACGGCUGCUCAGCUGGAGGAGAGAGUCAAGCAGAGCCUUCUGGAGAACGCACAGGCUCAAAAGGACGCGGGAGAAUGUCACAUCAAGAUCCCCGUCAUCACCUUCGACUCUCCUGAGGAGGAGAGGCAGAAGCAGGAGGAUGGGGAGGAGGCGAGCCGUUCGGAGAGGGAGGACACCACGCCCAAACGUCAGCGGACCACGAGCCAGAGCGAAGAGUUCCACUUGUGUAGAGAAACAAGUAGUCCCGAGUCCUCCACGCUGCUGGAGCACCCGGAUCCAGACCAGGAGCGUCGAGGACUGCAGUCCGACAGCUCACCAAGUCCACAGCUGAUGAAUGACAACAGCUCAUCAGGCAUCGACGUCCACUCCCACCCUGAUGAUACGGACCCUUCRGAGCCAAACGUGGAUUCACGAGGGUUCCUGCGCUUGCCGCCGGCCGUGGGCCGCUACGGACCGGGCGGAAGGACCCACAUCCGAGGACUAAGCAUGGACAGCGGGAAAGAUCUGCUCUCAGAGCGAACACAUAAUGUGAACACCAUGACCAGUUCCAAGUCCGACCUGGAGGCCAAAGAGGGACAGAUUCCCAACGAAUCCAAUUUUUUGGAGUUUGUUUCCUUGUUAGGGUCCCUCAGUAUGAGAGGAGGAGGUGGGAGCACACAGGAAGAGAAGAAAGACAGCAAACUGACUGCUGAAGAGGAAGAAAAUCAGAGUGCAAGCCCCAGGCCGGAUGCAACAUCAGAACCCAACACUGAGAACAAAUCAGAGCGCCCCAAACCUCCCACCAGCCUCCCAACGAACACACUGCAGGCCAUCCCACCAACACACAUCCCAAUAGUCUCCCCUGACAGUCCACAGACAGAGAAGGAUCCGGACUAUGAUUCCCUUCCCUCUCAAACAUCCCAGUCUGAGAGCUCCAUGCUGCAGGUCAUCUGCAGACCCGAGGCCACAAAUAAAGAGGAGGCCUACACCUUCCAUACUGUACACAGGGACAGACCUCGKAAGCUGUAUGCAGAGAGAGCCCUCAACCUGCCACUAGGAGCAGAGCUCAUCACAGGCAACAUGUGUGAUCUUCUGUCAACGUCGUCCAACUCAGAGUGUCAGGAGGGCACGGCGGGCACUCACGCAGACUGUCCUUUCCAGCGGCGCAUCAUUCCUGCACACAGGCUGCGACCACGAAGGACGCACCCUGAGAUCUUUCAGGAAGAGGACUCCUUGGACGAGUCAUCGGAGACAUCAACGCAGGAGAAGCCGACCAAGAAAAUUUAUUACAAACUUCAGCUGUUUCCUGGGAAGUGGAUCAGUAUUUUGUACGACCGACUCACUCUGCUCGCGCUUCUGGACAGGAACCAGGAUGUUCUGGAGAAUCUGGUUGCGAUCAUCAUGGCCUUUUUGGUUUCCUUUCUGGGUUUUGUGCUUCUAAACCACGGCUGCUUCAAAGACUUCUGGGUCUUUCAGUUCUGCCUGGUCAUCGCCAGCUGCCAGUAUUCUCUACUGAAGAGUGUUCAACCUGAUGCAGCGUCACCAACACAUGGCCACAACCAGCUGGUUGCUUACAGCCGAGCGGCCUACUUUUGUAUUUUCUGCGCUCUGAUUUGGCUCCUGGAGCAGCUGCUGAGGAGGAAAGACCUGCCCGUUUCCACUCUGUACGGAGUCACCAUCAUCUGCUACGACGUCCUGCGCUUCACACGAGACCUGCUCGUCGGUUUUACCUACUGCUUCCCUUUCACCUUUCUGGUGGGCCUUUUCCCUCAGAUUAACACUUUCACCAUCUACCUGCUGGAGCAGGUCGACAUUCAUGUCUUCGGAGGAACAGCUGCCACGAGCCUCGUCUCUGCCAUCUACAGCAUCCUCCGCAGCCUGAUCGCUCUGUUUCUGCUCUACGGUUUCUGCUUUGGAGCUCUCAAGGAGCCGUGGGACGAGCAGCACACCCCCGCCCUGUUCUCGGGUUUUUGUGGCCUUUUGGUCGUGUUCUCCUACCACCUCAGCCGGCAGAGCAGCGACCCGUCUGUGCUGCUAUCUCUGAUCAAGUCAAAGAUCAUGCCUGCGCUCGUGGAAGUCAAAGAAGAGGAGGAGGAGGAGGAGGCGGAGGAGAACAACGCGGAGAUUAAGGACCCGCUGCCUGAGAAACUGCAGAACUCCAUGAAGGAGAUCCUGCUGUCUGAUGUUAUCGUGUGCUCUGUUGCCUACAUCCUAACCUUCGCCAUCACGGCGAGCACCGUGUUCCUCUCUCUGAAGCCUUUUGUGACCAUCGUGCUGUACGCUCUGGCUGGGACAGUGGGCUUUGUAACCCACUACCUCAUUCCCCAGCUGCGGAAGCAUCACCCAUGGUUGUGGGUCUCUCACCCGGUUCUUAAGACCAAAGAGUACUACCAGUUUGAACCCAGAGAGGAUGCCGUGCUCAUGUGGUUUGAGCGUCUCUACGUGGGGCUCCUGUGCUUCGAGAAGUACGUGGUGUACCCUGCCGUCGUGCUCAGCGCCCUCACCAAYGACGGCUUCGCCCUCAGUCACCGCAAGAAGCUGGGAAUCCAUUGCGACGUUCUCCUGACGACAGUCGCCGGACUGAAACUCCUGCGUUCGUCUUUCUGCGAUCCGAGCUUCCAGUUCCUCACACUUCUCUUCACGCUCGUUUUUUUCUACUUUGACUGUCCGCACGCCUCAGAGAGCUUCCUGUUGGACUUCUUUGUCAUGUCUAUUGUCUUCCACAAGAUGCGCGAGUUGUUGCUAAAACUCCAUUUCAUCCUGGUUUACAUCGCUCCCUGGCAGAUCGCCUGGGGCAGCGCUUUCCACGCCUUCGCUCAGCCGUUCGCCGUGCCUCAUUCAGCCAUGUUGCUGCUCCAGACUCUGAUCACCACUGUCUUCUACACGCCUCUGGCGCCCUUCCUCGGAAGUGCCGUCUUCAUUUCCUCCUACCCUCGGCCGAUCAAGUUCUGGGAACGAAACUACAACACAAAACGCAUUGACAACUCAAACAGCAGAUUGGUGUCACAGGUGGACAAGGAGACAGGCACUUACUGUCAGCAGCGGGAGGUGGAAGCCAUCACUGAAGGAGUGGAGGAGGACGACGGAUGCUGCUGCUGCGAGCCGGGUCACCUGCCUCACAUGCUGUCCUGCAACGCCGCCUUCAACCUGCGCUGGCUGGCCUGGGAGGUGAUGGCCACCAAGUACCUGYUGGAGGGUUACAGCAUCAGCGAGAACAACGCUGCCACCAUGCUGCAAGUGUACGACCUUCGAAAGCUGCUCAUCACCUACUACCUAAAGAGUAUCAUCUACUUCCUGGUCCACUCUCCCAAACUCUGCACCUGGCUCAAAGACACCGCYGUCCAGGAGGCGCUACAGGCCUACACCAAGUGGCACCACAUCGAGCGCGACCCUCAGGUCUUCAGUGCGAAGAUCGAUGAAGACUACGUGCACUGCCUGCAGGGGGUGACUCGUGCCAGCUUCUGUAACGUCUACUUGGAGUGGAUUCAGUAUUGUGCUGGGAAGAUGGAGACGCCUGUGGACAGCGAUGAAGACUCCCCACUGGUGACUCUGUCCUACGCACUCUCUGUCCUGGGCAGGAGAUCCCUCGGUACGGCGUCGCACAACAUGUCCAACAGCCUGGAAUCCUUUCUGUAUGGGUUCAACACCCUGUUUAAAGGAGACUUUCGUAUCGCCACAAAGGACGAGUGGGUGUUUGCAGAUCUGGACCUCCUGCAGAAGGUGGUGGCCCCCGCGGUCCGAAUGAGCCUCAAGCUUCAUCAGGAUCACUUCACAUGCCUCGAGGAGACGGAGGAGGCGUGCAUCCUGUAUGAAGCCAUCACAAACUAUCGCAGCAGCCUGGUAAUCUGCCACGAAAGUGACCCCGCCUGGCGGAAGGCCGUGCUGUCCAGCCGCGACACGCUGCUCACCCUCAGACACAUGAUUGACGACGGCACGGACGAGUACAAGAUCAUCAUGCUGUACAAACGGCACCUCAGCUUCAAGGUCAUUAAGAUCAAUAAGGAGUGUGUGCGCGGCCUGUGGGCGGGUCAGCAGCAGGAGCUGGUGUUUCUGCGGAACCGAAACCCAGAACGUGGCAGCAUCCAGAACUCAAAGCAAGCGCUGAGGAACAUGGUGAACUCAUCCUGCGACCAGCCGCUGGGAUACCCCAUGUAUGUGUCACCCCUGACAACAUCAUACGCAGGAACGCACCGAACGCUUCGCAGCAUCGGAGGAGGGGCUUUGAGCCUGGAUGCCAUUCGUUCCUGGCUCUGCUCUAAAUGGCUUCGGGUGCGUAAAGACAACCUGACCAGCUGUAACAACAGUGGCACCAACAUGGAGGACGUGGACUGCGGUGCUGCUGGUUCGUCCUCGUUGAGCCAAAACCGCCAGUCCUCUGUCACGUCCAACAGCCUGAGUCUUUACCAGAACCGGGCCAGGACGACACACAGCCACAGACGCCACAACACAGGGAGAAGAGAGUAUCGCAGUCGGUCAGUGCAGCCUCAGAGCCAACGCCCCCCUGUCACCAGCCAAUCAGGUCCCAUUCUGGAUUCGGGCUCCAACCAUGGACUCGUCCAGCGUUUGUCCAACAGUCAGCUGUCCUUUAACACUUCCAUAGCCUCUAUAUUCUCUCAGGUCCCUCGUCUCUCCGGAGCAGGAGGGAUCAGCUCGCAGCUCCAGGCAGCGCAGCAUCAGCAGCGCUCCAGUCAGGUUUCCUCAUCCUCUUCCACCCUCAGCCUCCUGUUUGGGAAGCGCAGUUUCUCCAGCGGCCUGGUGAUCUCCGGGCUGUCGGCCGCAGAGGGGGGGAACACCACCGACACGCAGUCCUCGUCCAGCGUCAACAUCGCCAUCGGACCCUCGCACAGGUCCGGCAGCAAAGCCACGCAGUGGACAUCAGAGCCAUACGAGAGCAUCGACGCCUCCAACGCCGCCACCACGGUGCGAGACGGCGCACAGUCCAGCGAUCAGGGCUUGAGCCAGGGAUUAGACAAGACCCAGGAGGACUCGGCGUCGACGGCUCCGGAGCAAACGGAUCAGAAGACUGCCUGAGAAUGAUUAAAAAAAACGAAACAGAUAUAUUUACAAGAGCGCCCACGUGCAGAGAGGUCUGCACGACAAAGGGAUCUGCAUACAUACAAAGGAUUGUAUGAGAGAGAGCACCCAUGCACACAAACCUGCCUUCUCCCUUGUUCGCAGCAUGUGGUCUCAUCUUGUUCGAAUGUAAAGCCUGGGGAAAAAAAAUACUUUGAUCCAGUUGAUCAAAUAAAUACAUUUUUAAAUGAA